UUAUGUUCUGAGAUGACUGUCACUUGGAACCAUGGAUCCUGCAGUGUUAAUGGAUGCCAUUGUGGAAGAAGUGAACUGUCCUAUCUGUAUGACCUUCCUCAGGGAGCCUGUGAGCAUCACCUGUGGCCACACUUUCUGCCACAGCUGUCUCUCUGGACUCUGGAAGCUCCCAGCAGACUCCCAGAACUUGAGCUACACUUGUCCCCUUUGUCGAGCUCCCGUGCAGCCAAAGAAACUCCGUCCCAAUUGGCAGCUGGCCAGCGUUGUAGAUAAGGUCCGACUGCUAGGCUUCUGUAUGGAAAUGGGACUAAAGACUGAUAUGUGUGAUCUCCACAAGGAACAGCUCACAAUGUUCUGCAAAGAGGAUGAUGUGGUAACCUGCAAGGCCUGUAACAAGUCCCCAGAGCAUGAAGCACACAGCGUUGUACCCAUAAAGGAUGUUGCCUGGGAGUAUAAGUGGAAACUCCAGCAAGCUCUGGAACAUCUGAGGAAAGAACAGGAGAAAGUCUGGAAACUGGAAGUCAGUGAGAAGGAACAAGCUGCCAUCUGGAAGACGCAGAUGGAAAAACGAAAGCAGAGCAUCCUAUGGGAGUUUGAAAAAUAUCAGCAGUUGUUAAAGGAGAAAGAGCUGCCAUGUCAGCAGGCAGAAGAAGAGGCAGCCGCUGUUCAGGCUGGCCUGGAGCAGGAGAAGGGAGAGACGGGAAACAAACUGAGGUUGAGGCACGAGAAGAUGAUCCAGCAGAGCCAGGUCCUGUGGCAGAUGAUUGUGGAGCUGGAAGAGAGAUCCCAGAGACCUGUGCGCUGGAUGAUGCAGGGUAUUCAGGAAGCCUUAAACAGGAGCAAGUCUUGGAGCCUGCAGCAGCUAGAACCAAUCUCCUUGGAGCUGAAGACAGAUUGCCGUGUGCUAGGACUAAGAGAGAUUCUGAAGACAUUUGCAGUGGAUGUGCGCCUAGAUCCAGACACAGCUUACUCCCGCCUUGUCAUUUCCAAGGACAGGAAAAGUGUGCACUAUGGAGUCACCCAGCAGAACCUGCCUGACAAUCCUGAGAGAUUUUACCGCUACAACAUUGUCUUGGGCAGCCAAUGCAUCUCCUCCGGCCGGCACUACUGGGAAGUGGAGGUUGGAGACAGAUCUGAGUGGGGCCUGGGAGUGUGUGUAGAAAGUGUAGACCGGAAAGAGGUGGUCUACUUAUCGCCUCGCUAUGGCUUCUGGGUGAUAAGGCUGAGGAAAGGAACAGAGUACCGAGCAGGCACAGAUGAAUAUCCACUCCUGCCCUUGUCAGUUCCUCCGCACCGGGUAGGAAUCUUCCUAGACUAUGAGGCCCAUGACAUCUCCUUCUACAAUGUGACUGAUGCUGACUCUCAUAUUUUCACUUUUCCUCGCUAUCCCUUCCCGGGCCGUCUCCUGCCCUAUUUCAGUCCUUGUUACAGCAUUGGCACUAACAACACCACUCCAAUCACCAUUUGUACCCUGGAUGGGGAAGGCUAGGAGAACCAUCCUAACCUAAUGUUGGAAUUUGGCAGGGGAUGACUGUUCAAGGAUGCUUCCAAUGAUAAACAUAUUCCUGAACCCAGCUUAAAGCCCAAGGGCUCCUCUAGAUCUGACCUUAUGGUAUCGCUAUUAGAACAAACUGCCAGUGCCCCUCAGAGCAAAAUCGUCCCAGUCAGAUAAGCACUGUGAUCCAUGAUGCAAACAUGACAGGGAUGAUGGACUUUGUCCAUUCCGGAGAUCCUGGCUUCAUAAUUAAGUGGGUACCGGUGAUUAAAUAAAUGCAGACACCAGGAAAGCUUUUACAUAAUGUUUUCCAGGAGACUAAGUAAUAAGGUACAUGCCCGGAGCUGAUGGUCAUGGUGAAACCAGGUAGAGGUCCUUCACAUGAGCCUUGCUGCUACCAAACCAACCCUAACCUCCAUUCUAGAGAAACGCAGUCUGUGCUUCUCCAGCACAGAAGUCAGAGCUCAUCCAGGAUGCUCCCCGUAUCUCCUUCCUGAGCAUGAGGAUGGGUCUACGUCCUGGGCCUGUCUUUUCUCUAAGGGGCAGAACCAGAAACCUUAGGGGCCUUGGUUUUUAUUUUUACUGCAUGUAUAAAGAAAUUGAAACAGCCUUCUUUUCUACAGAGCUUUGAAAGAUGAGAUUGUAAAACUUGUAAAAUGAUUUUCACAUUAAAAUGAAACAAAGUUGACAAACUCAGUUCACAGA